UUCAAUUUUGACGUUAUCUUGACUGAGCAGACAAUCACGUGACUUUAGAUAAGAGGGGUAUUUCGAUCAGACCUACCCGUAAACAAAAACAGGAUAUGGUUCGGAGUUAGUAGAAUGGCUGGAACAUUGAAACAACUGUCUACCAGCAUUUUCCCUGUUAGUGGAGGUUCUGAUCAGGCUUUGAGGGUUGGAGGCGGUGAUUUGACCCAGGGGCUGACGACAUCCGUGGACCGUGCCUUGCAAACGACGGCUGGCAGGCUGGAGUGGCUGACUUUGAUGUUCAGGGAAAUGAACGGGGAGGGGUGUCAACUUAACUGCUCCGGGCACGGGAGCUGUGACAACGGGCAGUGUAUCUGUAUGGUGCAGUAUGCAGGAGAUUUUUGUCAGGACCAAAACAGGGGAUAUUUUGUCGCCUUUGGAAGCAUCUUCGCUACCCUGAGUGCCGUGGCCAUAAUUCAGCUGGUGCUUUGUAUCCACAAUGAGUACGCCAAACAGAAGCACAAGUCCAUCAGAAAGGUCCUUCGUAUCAACGCCCAGAAACUUCUCUAUGCGCUCACAUUUUUUGCAACAGCCAUUAAAGGCAUUUAUUUCUUCACAAAGUGGAGUAUAUCAGACAUAGCAUCUUCCAACCUCUCCAGUGCAUUCUAUCCCGUCAUGCUCUCGGGAUUUUCAUUCAUUAUUUGCUUUUGGGCAGAGGCCUUUCACCUCGGCGACAUUAAGUUUGAUAAGCCUCGUUUUCUGGGUAAAUCCAUCAUCGGGUUCCUCGUUUUCAACUUCUUGAUGUACUCUCUUCUGUUCAUCCAACUCGUCGCUACUGACGUCAUUGAUGACCCAAUCACCACGGAACUGAUCACCAAAGUCUGUAAUAGCUGCUUUGCGUGCCUGAUGAUCGUGGCUGUGGUCUUUUUCUUGGUGUACGGGGUGGAGGUUUAUUUCAAGGUACAUGGAGCGUUCAACAGCAAAACUGGCAGCGUGGACCCUUGGCAGUUGCACGCGUCUCGUCUGGGUCUGAUUGCGCAGGCGCUGUUACAACUGUUCACGGCCUUGUUCAUAAUUGCAGACGUCAAAAGAGACAUUUGGAAGAAUCGUUUGCCGAUAAUAAGUCAAAACUUCUACGACAUUGGAUUUAGAAUCGUCGAGUUUGGCGUUGUGCUGUGGUUUCCUUGUGUCUUGUGGAAUUGCAAAAGUCCAGAAAACCUUUGGGUGUUGAACCCUACAACAUUAUUUAAAAGUUUGAAGACGUCGGAAAAGAAUGAAACGGAUGCUGUGAAAGAUUCAAAUCAAGAAAAUUACGGGUCUUUGUACCAAGUACAUGGUGGGAAACAAGAUUGCUGGAUUUGUUAUGACCCCGACAGAACGGACGUGGGGUCACUCAUCCAGCCGUGUCAGUGCCGGGGGGACGUGUCCUCGGUCCACCACGAGUGUCUCCGGAAAUGGUUGAUAGAGUGUGCGGAUCAACAAAAGGAACUGAAGUGUAAAGUGUGCAAUGAACCUUAUAAAGUCAGUGGAGGCUGGUCUUGGUUUCCAAGAGGGUUAAAACCGCGUCAUUGGUUACAAACCUUUCUCGUUUUGAUUGUCAUCACUUCCGUUCCUUUCAUCACGUAUGCCGUUACCCACUCCGUGACGUCAUUAUACAUACGAAUAUUUGUAAUUGGUGUGUGUGUCCUUUUGGAGAUCGGUUGUCUCAGAGUGUUGGCCUCAAGUUUUGGCGUUUGUUACAAACGAGGGCGACUUUCAACAAUAACAAUAGCUGGGCGAGAGGUCAGUAGUGUGACAGGGACGCUACCCAACUCUGCUCUGUCACUUCCGGCAUGCACGUCUCCGCCAGAUGUAAAUGUUGGGAGUCUGGGGGACAACGGAAGUGACGUCAGCAAUUCCUGUGUUGUGACUUCACAUGACUAUUCAAAUUCCCUGUCUGUGAAGGCUGUUAUUGAACAAAGUUGAACAUCGCCUUCAUGAACAUUCCGUGACGGAUUUAUUUUUAUACAUAUUGAUAUGUUCCAGAGUGUUAUUGUAUUAGUAAGGAGAACUCUCUCUAUCUAUAGCUUCAAGAAUCUGUGGUUUAGCUUUAUAUGUGGACCCACACCCCAUUUAAAAAUGACCCGAAUCCGCUCCUGACAAUACUUGGUGUUGCUGGAAUGCUUUUAAAACAACUAUGGAUGAUUAUGCAUAAUACGAUAAUAUUAAAUGUACAUUUGUAAUUAUUUUGUCAAAGAGCUUUUUUCAUCAGUUUGUUUUAGAACUUAAAUGCUUGUGUUUUUAAAAAGUGUCGAAAUAUGUCCUUGUAAUUACCGGGGUAUUAUAAUACCUUUUCUCAUCGAUUUGGUAAUUACAGCUUUCUGUCGCAACUAAUGCGAAGUAAACUGCACUAUGUAUAUGUACAAAUGAUGGUAUGAAUUACAGUGUUGCAUUAAAGUUUGUCUUGCAAA